CUUUUUUUGCCAAAAACUUCUUUGACAACACACAACUACGCCUGAAAUGUUUAUUCUUUUCCUUCUCGAGUACCAUUCUUAGGUACGAUUUGCUAUCAACAGGCUUCGGCCAUAUGCCGUCUUCUACAUGUCCCCUGCGACUCUUCUUCGCAAUGCUUUGCGAGCCCUCGUCCCUCUCGCCGUAGCUUGUACUUUCUACUUGUAUCUUUAUCCUGUCUUUCUUGGCUGUGCGUUCCCACUCCCACAAACAGAGAACAAUGUCGCCGCAUUUCAGGAUACGGUGCGACAGCAUGUCCUUCCGCAUUCGAGUAAUGCUGCACCGUUCCGGCUUCUCGCGCUUGGCGACCCGCAGUUAGAGGGCGAUACGUCCAUCCCAAAUUAUAACCGCGAAUCUUUCCCUCACUUGACAUGGGCCAUUCGUCACCUUACCUACAAGACUGAUCACCCGUCUCUACGUAAACGCUUGCGACAGGUGGCUCACGACGUUGUAGAUGUUUUCUUCGACGAUAUUCCCGACACAUUCGAGUCGAUUCGCAAACGAAUAGAUUUGUUUGGAAACGAUUUCUACCUUGCCCAUAUCUACCGGACGCUACGAUGGUGGACAAAACCUACUCAUGUUACUGUUCUGGGAGACUUGCUGGGAAGCCAAUGGAUCAAGGAGAAAGAGUUCAACCGGAGGAGUUGGAGGUUUUGGAACCGUUCGUUUAAAGGAGGCGAGCGGGUCCCUGAUGAAGUUGCUACCUAUCCCGCCGAGGAGUAUGAUGUAGCUGGAUUCUUGGGUGUUGAGGAUGACAAUGCUGCGGCCUGGCGCCGCAGAAUUAUUAAUGUGGCCGGCAACCACGAUGUCGGCUACGCUGGUGACCUGACAGUCGAACGACUGGAACGAUUCGAACGUGUGUUUGGCAAAGCCGCCUACGAGCUGCGAUUCGAGCUACCCAUUACCAACCCUGCAGCUAAUGCGACUAUCUACGACGAAGAGACUAACCCCGACUCCGAUCGUCUAGCUCCUGAGCUCCGGAUUCUUAACGUCAACAACAUGAACCUUGAUACGCCGGCUGCCGACCAGGGUCUCCAAGACAAGACGUAUGCCUUCGUAAACGAUAUUAUCAAUACGGCCACUGCGGUCGAGUACCAGGGUCAGUUCACACUUGUCCUAACCCACAUACCGUUGUACAAACCUGAGGGCGUCUGCGUUGAUGCUCCUUUCUUCGACUUUCACCCUGGUGGCGGUGUCAAGGAACAAAACCAUCUAUCAGCGGAUGCGUCUCGUGGAUUUUUGGAAGGUAUUUUCGGAUUAAAUGGCGAUCCAAAUGCGCCUGGACACGGCAUGGGUCGGAAGGGUGUCGUGUUAAAUGGACAUGAUCACGAAGGCUGCGAUACGUACCAUUAUAUCAACCAAACGGAGGAGGGUGAUGAACGUCAAUGGCGGGUUACUCGGUGGCCCGCUGCCAAAGCAGACGAGCUUCCUGGGAAACCCGGAGUUCCGGGUCUUAGGGAAAUCACUGUUCGAAGUAUGAUGGCUAUGUAUGGUGGUAAUGCCGGCUUGCUUAGUGUCUGGUUCGAGGAGGAUACCUGGGAGUGGAAAUACGAGUUCGCCACUUGCGCCCUAGGUCGCCAGUAUUUUUGGUGGUUUGUCCAUAUAUUUGACCUCAUCGUGGUUGUCGCCAUUGUUGUCUACGGCGUCUUGCGGGUGGCGAUAGCGGCUGGUUUUGACAUCGAUAAAUGGUCAGCAGCGAAAAUUAUUACAGUCCCAACUGUUACUGUUACCGAUACCGCAAACGGAAACGGUGUAAAAAAGGUUCUCUAGGUUGGUAAUGGCGAAGCUAAGAAGGAAUAGAUUAUCUUGUAUAGUAAACAGGUAUAACGAGUCAUGAGCGCCUUGUACCAAUAUAAAAAUAUAGAUAGGUAGACAGACAACUAAUAGAAGAUCAAUAUUAGUAUAAGAA